ACCUGCAGCAGAUGAAGAAGACAUGAACAAGGGGGAGGAAAAAAAAAAACGAUAUCCAUUGCAUGACAUGAAGCUGAGGAACGGGCCGAGAGGUUUGGUGAGGAAAUAGCCUUUUCAACGCAAAAUCGAUACGUCAGUGUCGCGCGAGAAUACAGCCAGGCGCUGUAACAUUAAGUCGGGGUUAAAGUUUAAAGUUAGGGUGAGAUUUACUGCGCGUGUCAAAUGAAUUUGCAAAGGCCUGCAGCGCUUGUGUGAUCAAAGUCGCCGCAGGUUACGAUUCGCGGUGGCGGGCGAGGCGACACACGUGAUGACAGAUCGAUAGAAGAUGAAGAGAAGGAAGUGGCGGUGGUGAAAGUUGUGGUGGAUGAGGACGGAGGCGCAACGCCAAGAAAAUGGUGGCAAGAAACGCGUGAAACCCUCUCCCCAUUCCCUUCAGCUCACCCCCUCUCUCAUUUGUCACCCUUUUCUUCCACUUCCCCAAAUCUCAAGGAGGCAACAAAGACGGCGCGCAUGUCAACAGGGUAACUUUGCUGCCAGAAGAUAAGCAGCAUCGGUCUUCUGGCACUACCCUGCUUGUUGUGCGCGGCUGCGGAAGUGAGGAUCGGGUCGCUGGCUGGCCAGUGUCUAGUGAGUCACGAGAGACAUCUUUGCCGAGUGGUGAUGCGACAAGUUUCUCCCUGCUGCAUGCAGCUGGGCGGGAGGCGUCUACUUCAAGUCCCGCCAUAUGGCGCCACGAUGCUGAGCUCUGGACGCGUUCGCCGCGCAGCAGACACGGCAUUGCUGGUGACCUGCGUCUCCCAAUGACAUGGCUGCAGGUGCUGGCGUUGGCAUACUCUAGGACAGAGGACAAUAGCGCCUCGGGAGGGAAGAAAACAUCUUUCGCUGAUUCAUCAACAUAAAUGCGCGGCCACAGACCAAGGCGAUGCCUCGGUUACCAAGUUUUCUGGUUGGUUCGGAGGAGGAGGCCGUGCGAAGGACUCGUUUGGCCUGCGUCUUGGGCUCACCUCUCUGAGUGUGAACUUUAGACCUGGAGACAGAUAAGUAAAUUAUCAUGCAACUUACUCUAUAAAACAUUUGGGUAUUGCGCAUAUGAGUUACAGGCUACUUUUCUCAAAUAUUGCACUAAAUGAUGUUAUCUGUGUAAAAAAGGAAUUAUUUUUGACUUGCUUGCAAAAUCAAAAGAAAUAAUAUGCCCACUACACAUCUCACAGUCUUAAUUGUCAGUAGUUAGUACAAUGCACUUUUAAUUUAACUUGCACCUUCGAACAUGAGAAGAUCAUAAGGUACUGAGGCUGGUAUCAAUGACUGUGUGGUUGUGGAUUUCCUAGUUAAAUGAAACACUUUGAUGGUGUAUUCUUGGAAAGUAAAAAACCUACAUGGAACUGUGCAUCUUUGCUGUAACAGAUCCAUUGCUUCAGUGCAGUGGACACAAUGAUAUAUUGACGACAAAGAUGCUCUAACUUCCUAUUUUGAUUGUUAUUCGUCAAGAAUAUGCAUAACAUCAUAUACAUUAACAGAGCUUAACUGACGACGUGGAAGAAGGUUGCACAGAGUAAGCAACACAAAUAACUCAAAUGUCAAAUAAGUCAAGAAUUUAACUUUCUGCUAUCAAGAGUGGCAAUCGGCCAAACUGUUUUGCGCGCACUGUUCCAUAGGGUGGUUGUCACCGGAUAUUAAAAAAAAAUGUACGGAAACUACUUCAGGAAAAGAUUAAUGACUUCUUUAACCACCAGGAUAUUUCAAGAAUAAAGGCGGCUGUCUUCCAGGCUUCUGUUUCCACGAUGCCCGGAUGUGUGCAACACAACAAAUUCAUUACCGCAUGCAGCUGGGGCAACACACGUGUUUGAAGGCUUUGUCGUGCCACAGAAUGCGAGUUAUAAAACUAAUGGCUUUUAGCGUCCAUUAAGAACAAAUAAAACAGGAAAGGAGGACAGGAAACACUGAGAAUAAAGACGUCUACCUCCCACGAGUUUUCAAGGAGAAUCCAGCGUGCUCAUACGUGCUCUGUGAGAGAAUCGUCGACAUGUCAAAGGCCACGAGGAGACAGAAUCAGCCCAGUCGGGACAGCGUCGCCAAGAUCAUCACCAUCAUUCGAUAUGAUGUUCCAGCCAGCAACGCUCUGCCCAUGGCGACCUUGGCCAACAGCACCGUCGCCGCCCCGGGUCCUCCCGAUCACGCGCCAUGGCUGUGGAUUCCGUACGUGCUUAUCGCUCUCGUCUUCAUCGUCUUCCUAGGCGCCAACUUCUGGUGCUAUCACAAGAAGCAUCGCGAGCGCUACCUGCGAAAGCGGGAGGAGACUCGCGUGAAGGAGGGACUCCUGGAGCGCCGGAGGAUCACGGCUCUGGUGCGCUCCCACUUCCAGGCCCACUUUUUGUCCAUCUCCACCGACUUGAGCCACCCUCCGACGCCAACACGGCGUUCAGAGGAGACCAUGGGCUCGGAGCAGAAGAUCGCGAAACCGGCUUCAUCGACGGAACCGGAGCCUCCCGUUCUGGAUCAAUGGGCAGGCCAGAACGGCUUGUGCAGGACCCUAAGUAUGUGUGGUAUCAAAACUGAAAGCUAGCUUUCUAAUUUAAUAAACUGCUUUUACACGUGUUUUCUUUUGGGGGUGGUUAUGUUUUGUUUUUGUUAUUAUGUUUUGGGAAAUUCUGAACUGUUGAUGCGAUUUUUUACCAGGCACCCAUUGAAUAGCAGCGAACAAAUCAGAUAGGAAUAUAGACAUAGUGUCUACAAUGAGACACUUUUCUUCUUUCAUAAAGUUGUAAUUUAAUUUUAAUUGGAAUCUGCUCCUUGCAAUGACCUUCGGCUUGUGGCUUUUGUAGCUUGUGACCGAAGACAUAUGUUACCCUUCAUAUCUGUUCAUAUAUGUUUGUCUGCCUGAGCAGUGUACAGAUAUUUUUCUAUGCUUCUGGGAGGUGUUGUCAAUCCAUUUUUCGUGGACUAUGUAUGCAUACACUGUCUUGGUAUGUCUAUAAUUAAGUGUCCUUCGUGUGACAAAGCGCUAUUGACCCGUUACAUGUAACUGUUUGCCUUGUGCUCAUUGUGGUUUGUAGGACGCCAUUGUGCUCGCGAACGCAGAUAUAUAUAUACAUCAUGAUUCCUAUUGCCAGAAACAGUUACAUCAGUGAAUGUGCGAAUGCGUGCGCAUGCGUUUGUACGUGUAGUGUGAUCGCGUGAGUGUGCGUCAAGCUGUAUGAUAAUAUAUUUAAAUAUAAAGGAACUUGAGUAAUUAAUUGCGGAAAAAACGUGAACUGCAUAUAAAAUAUAUUUUCCCUCUUUCUUUUACUUCUUGAUUACACUUACUGAACAUCGUGAAUUUUUUCGUUUAUGUAACUUGUUCUCAAUACAGCAAUAAAGUAAAUAAUAAAAUAGGAAUAAGUGGCAAUAAACUCAAAUGUCAAUUUGGUAAUGAAUCAAAGAUUUAAAAGAUAUUCUUUAGACGUAAAACAUGUUGUAAAUAUGUGUAAGGAGUUUGAAAAUGUAAUCAGUUCAAACUGUAUUUUAUGACAAUUAAGAUCAACCAAAAAUUGAAAUGGGUAUUUUGGGGCUUUUUUUUUUUUUUUUGCAAAACUUGUCUAAACCGUCUAUUAUUUAUUUUUGUUUUCGUCGUUGGUUUAGCUAUAACAAAUAAUUAAGCACCAGGAACACCCACUCAAGAAAUUCUCCAUUCGUUUCCCAUCCACACACAUACGCAGUGUGAGAGAGAGAAAGAUAGUAAAAAACAGAGAGGAGAGAGAGAAAGAUAUCGACCGACUUAGACGAUUAUCAGCGUUAUGUACAAGUGCAAAAUUAUACUUCCCUGUGACAGACUAAAUCAAUUUCGAUUUCUAAAAUCAUUUUUUUCGGGAUAUUCUUGUUUCGUCGAAUGUAUUUUAUCUUUUCAAAGAAAAAAAAAGCUUAAGUAACUUAUCUUUUUUUUUCUUUUUUGAGAGGAGGGGGGUUCUGUAACCUUUUCAGUAGAUGUUGAUUUCUUGUUCAAAGAAAAGCAUCAAACUGAAGGCUUAUGUGGAUACGCAGGGCUGACAUUUACCAGCAUGCAUCGCUAUAAUUCACGAAAGUACAUCUUUUUCUCUUGGUCAUAAACACGAUGCAGCAUAAUAGGAAAACAACCAACAGCGAGGAGGGAAAAAACCUACAAAAAUUGCAUUUCUUGUGGUUUAAGCGCACACAUGACAACUAAAAGGCAAAAAACAGAAAGUCCUUUAAAAAAAAAAAAUCGACCUCCUGCUAAUUAUGCGCCGCAGAUGUCACUCGAUUUUCUUUAUUUGUACAAACGCUCUCUCUCUCUCUCUCCCCACCCACUCACGUUGGGUUUUAAGAGUGGAAACAGUAUGAGACAUGUUUGAAAGAAAAAAAAAUUCACAUAGGCUGGAUGAUCAAUAUCGUUCGAAGACAACUUAUAUGACGUGAGGAACGAUUAAUUCAGCACUCAAUAUCUCUCCUCCGUCCUCUGAACAUUUUGACUCUUACUUCCUGUGAUCGAAAUCUUUUCUAUAGUUUUUUUUUUUUGCCCUGAGACAACCAAUUGGUUAAGGGGUUCAUGAGAAAGUAGAUUUCAGUCUCUGUGCACUGGUUGACGGAUCGAACAAUCCACACGUCCGUGCUGCAUCCAUUUAUGUUCGGUUCAGGCUGUAAGAAUGAUGCUUCGCGGAGUCUUGUUUUAAAUAAAAGUCGUUAAACAUA